CUUUUUAUAAGAAAGACAUUUUGAAUGCAGUUGUUAAUCUCUUGUGCAGCUCGUAGAGGAGCUCGUCGUAGAAGUUUUCUUCCUUUUAAAACUACAAAUUAUCGUCUUUCCAUCCUGCUUUCUGUACGGUUUGUACUAACGAGAUAUAAAGUGUUAAUUAGUGACUUUUAAAGGUGCUGGUAGGCUGAAGUUUGUACCUUUUAGUUUAGCCAAGCUAGCUGUUUCCCCCUGCUUCCAGUCUUUAUGCUAAGCUAAGCUAAUCGCCUGCAUCUUCUCAUCUUUACUCUCAGGUAUUCCCCAAAACAUCUAAAAGGUGUGACACCGGGGUUAGCUAACAUUGCAGUGUUGUUGCUGGCGAUCCCCGCUCUGCAAUUAGCACACACACACACACACACACACACACACACACACACACACACACACACACAGGAGUGUAGGAUCAGGCUGCUAUAAAAGAAACGCCUCAUCCCCUCAGCGCCCGCCCCACCCUGAACACCAGAGGGUGGAAAUGGCCCCAGUCCAGCCCCACACACACACAUUAGUACACUAUGAAUAGCUGAAGACCAUGUGUGUGUGUGUGUGUGUCCUGGUGUAUAUUUACUUUCAUACCACCAGACUUAAACAUCACAGUGGAGCAGAUGGAGGGGUUGACUUUAAAUAAUCUGUUCCUUCCUGAGCUGUUUCUGUCUGCAGUCACUUUAUUUUUGUCUUCUACUUUAUUUUAUGUCAGUUUCUCAUCAAUCAAUUAAUCAAUCAAUCAAUCAAUCAAUCAAUCAAUCAAUCAAUCUCUCCUCAAACAUUCUCUCUGAUGAAUAAAACAGAACAGUCGGUGCUUUUCUUACCUUUGCAGAGCGCGAGGAGACCCAGCAGACCCAGCAGACUGUGGGGAAGCAUCCUUCCUACGACCAAAGAGACGAAGAGCAGCUCUGCCGGUGUGUUACCACGGCGCCAUCACCAGGAUGGAGUGUGAGGACCUGCUGGGAAAGAAACACAAGGACGGAGCCUACCUGAUCCGAGACAGCGAGACCAUCCAGGGAGCCAUGUGCCUGUGUGUUUAUUAUAAGAGGGUGGUGUAUACGUACAGACUGCUGCAGACACACACUGGACACUACACGCUCAUGACUGCAGGAGGUUUGGAAGAGACAUUUUUUAAGACUUUGGACGAUCUGAUCCGUCACUAUAAGAAGAAGAACCAGGGCCUGACCAUGCACCUGCGCCACUCCGUCAAAAGGAAGACGGCCAUGUUGGUGAAGCCCGAAAAACCUCCUGAAUCACCGGAGUCCCAGAGGAGGCAGUCGCCUUCACCUGAGGACGACCCCGACUAUCAGAAUGUUCCUGACUCUGACUACAUCGAAGUCUUGCCUCCUUGAACGUCUCUGACAUUUAAGCUUCAAACAUGUGAGGAGAGAGAAAAAGUCUCUAACUGUUGGAUUCAAUUCAGAAUAAUGAUCGAAGGCACUUUGACAAAUAGGCACACGCUGAAGAAGAGGACUCUCCGUCUGCUUGUACGUCUGUAAUUAACAGUGGAAAUGUGGGUCGGUCCUCCGCUGUGGUCCAGACUGAACAUUCGUGGUCCCCUGAGGAUGAACCGUAGUCACUUCGGUGAUGCUUUCACUUUUCAUUUACUUCCCUUAUCUGGUCAAAUAAUUUGUUGUUGUUUGCAAAACUCAUGACUUUGUGUUUAGCACUAUUUAGCAAACGAUAGCGUGCUAAGAUGCUAAGCUAAGAUGGUGAACGGUCAUCCUUUAGAAUCAGCAUGUAAACGUGCUAAUGUUAGCAUCAGUGAAAGUACUCCGAUGUUUUACUUAUUAAGUAGCAAUACUAUAUUACAGAAAUACUUUGUUACGUAAGUAAAUGUCCUGCAUUCAAAAUUGUACUUAAGUAAAAGUAUAAAAGUAUUAGCAUCAGUCCCGAAAGUAAAAGUACUCAUUAUUUAGACUGACUGAAUCAUAUAUAUUAUAUACUAAAUUAUAGUUAUAGAUGCAUUAAUGUUUCAGCUGGUCAAGUUAGAGCUAACAUUUUAACUACUUUAUGUAUUUAUAUUUUCGUAAUACCACAACUUCAUCAUCAUUGUCGAAACGCAGCACGCAGCUUCUGGUUGUAUUUCAUAUCGCAGAACAAAAUCUCUCCAGCUGGUGUUUAUUCAGAUGUCUAACCACAAACACCUUAAAAAACACAGACAGGAAGUGUUAAAAGAGUCAUAUCUGCAUUUUAGGACUUAUUCCUGCAGCUCUCUAUUAAGUGUCAUGAUUUGCAUGUGACACAUCCAAACUUUAACGCAUGUGGAAACUCUUGACAUAUCAGCAGUUCUGCCAUGCAGUCAUCCAACAGAAGCUCAGUUUCAGUUUGUCUCAGACUGUUGUUGACCAUCAGCCUUUGACUUGAGAAACGAACCACUGGGACCACUUGAACCACGUGUAGCUUCGAGCUUAAAACAUUUAUUGGUCAUCAGAGCCGAGAUGAACGUAGAAAGGUUUUACUUUAUUCUUAUUUAUUUAUGAAAGCACCAGAAGCAUCAAGUGGCAGUUUUCUUCGUAUUUUAUUUUUCUACUUCUCCACAAAUUCCAUGAAAUGACAAAUAAACUGUUUCUCAAUACUUCUGACUUCCUUGAGGUGUUCAGACGCUACACACUGAUCAGCAUGUUCAAAGCAUCAAGUACCAGUCUGAUCUGCACACAUGCAAACAUUUUAAAUCAAGUUCAAAGGAAAUUAAAAGUGAUUAUCAGACAGAGUUUUAGAUUCAAGGCACAAUUUUGAAUCUACAUUUUUAAUCUAUAUAUAUUGUUGUUUUUCCACUUUUAUCUAAAUAUUUCCCUCUUUUUGCUUCUUUUUCGCUUCCCGCACGUUGCUGUUAGAUUUAGAGCUCAAACUAUUAGUCGAUUUAUCAGAAAAUGAAUGGUCAGCAGUUUUUGAUAAUUGGUUAAUUAGCCUCUCCAACGUGUUUCUCUGUUUAAUAUGAUUUUAAACUGAUUAUCUUUUGGGUUUUGGACUGUUGGUCCAAUAAAACGAGACAGUUAAAGAUGUCAUCUUGGACAUUUUUUUGUUUGUUUUUUUCUUACAGCAACAGUCCGUCUCUCAAUACUGUCUCACUUCCUGUUUGUGGCUCUCAGCUCCGAGCACAUUGGUGUCCACAUAAUCCACAUUUGGUGCUCUAGUGAGUGUUUUUAUGUGUGACUGAGUCAAAACAAACUCAAGUGUGUUCAUGAUGAUGAAGGAACAUGUCAGCCAGUGUCACAGUGUUGUUAAUGGGAGGAGACUGUAGAUACGUGCUUUAUUGGUCUGUCUAUAUUGAGCUACAAAUACAUUGAUUUAUCCUGGAUGUUGUUUAAAUCCAGUGAUGAGCUGCAGCGAGUUAUUAGUCUCCAAAGAUAAAGAAACAGUUUAAUUCUGAGCAUUAAGGAGCAGCGAACGAAUCAUUCUGAGACCCUGAAAACACGUUUUCUUAAUAAACAUUUUCUGCCAAAGUUAGUUUACUGCACCGGAGAUAUGUAAUCAUGUUAAGCUCUUAAUUAAUGAUGCCUGCUGUUAUUAUUAAGUUUGAUUAUUCUAUGUUAUAAAUAAAUACUUCUCUUAAAG